GGGGCAAAAGGCAGAGGCAGGCCUCAGCUUGGAGAUCAGAUCCCGGCAUGUCUCCCUUCCUUCGGAUUGGAUUGUCCAACUAUGACAGCGGCCCCUACCUGCCUUCCCAAGGGGAUGUGAUUGAUCCGUAUUGCGCUGUGAUGGUCAAAGAAGCCUUGGAGUCAGAGAAUGGUCAGGUUUACAUUCAGAAGAAGCCUACUAUGUACCCGCCUUGGAACAGCACUUUUGACGCCCAUAUCCGCAAGGGCCGUGUCAUGCACAUCGUUGUGAAGGAUAAGAGUGCAGAGAUGGUUUCAGAAACAACCAUUGAGCUCAACUCAGUUGCAGAGAAGUGCAAGAAGAACAACGGGAAAACAGAAAUUUGGCUAGAACUGAAGCCCCAAGGCAGAAUGCUAAUGAAUGCAAAAUACUUCCUGGAAACCACUGAUGACCCAGAGUUUAUCGACUGUGAAAAGGAAGGGUUUUUCACACUGCACCAGCGCAGGGGGGCCAUCAAGCAAGCCAAGAUCCACAAUGUCAAAUGUCACGAGUUCACGGCCACCUUCUUCCCCCAGCCCACGUUCUGCUCCGUUUGCCACGAGUUUGUCUGGGGUCUUAACAAGCAAGGAUAUCAGUGCAGGCAAUGCAAUGCUGCCAUUCACAAGAAGUGCAUCGACAAAAUAAUCGCAAAGUGUACAGGAUCAGCCGUCAAUAGCAGAGAAACCAUGUUUCACAAGGAGAGGUUUAACAUAGACAUGCCCCACCGGUUCAAGGUCUACAAUUACAAAAGCCCCACGUUUUGCGAUCACUGCGGCACGCUGCUCUGGGGCUUGGCCCGGCAGGGCUUGAAAUGCGACGCCUGCACCAUGAACGUCCACCACAAGUGCCAAACUAAAGUGGCAAACCUCUGUGGCGUGAACCAGAAGCUCAUGGCUGAAGCACUGGCACUGAUUGAGAGCAGGCAGCAGGCUCGAAGUCUACAGGACACAGAGCAGAUCUUAAGAGAAGGGCCAGUUGAAAUAGUCUUCCCUGACAAAGAUGCCUUGUCCACUCCUUCUGUGCCAGCACCUCUGACAGAGAAAAAAGAGCCUCAAGGGGUUUCCUGGGAAUCCCCGGCAGAAGACGUAACGCGUCCUGAAUCUCCAGUGGAACUGGAACCAAGGAAAGACCUCCAACUGGAACUGCCGAAAUUGACCAUAGAUGACUUUGUUUUGCACAAAAUGUUGGGGAAAGGAAGCUUUGGAAAGGUCUUCCUUGCCGAACUGAAGGCUACCAACCAGUUUUUCGCCAUGAAAGCACUGAAGAAAGAGGUGGUGCUGAUGGAUGAUGACGUGGAAUGUACCAUGGUGGAAAAGCGUGUGCUCUCCCUGGCUUGGGAGCACCCAUUUCUCACUCACGUCUACUGUACAUUCCAAACCAAGGAAAAUCUCUUUUUUGUUAUGGAGUAUCUCAACGGGGGAGACCUGAUGUUUCAUAUCCAGAUUUGUCACAAGUUUGACAUUGGCCGAGCAAGGUUCUAUGCUGCUGAAAUCAUUUGUGGCUUGCAAUUCCUUCAUUCCAAAGGGAUUGUAUACAGAGACCUCAAGCUGGAUAAUGUCCUCUUAGACAAGGAAGGGCAUAUCAAGAUUGCCGAUUUUGGGAUGUGCAAAGAGAACAUGUAUGGAGAUGCCAAGACAAGCACGUUCUGUGGAACCCCAGACUAUAUUGCACCAGAGAUCCUGCUGGGGCAAAAAUACAGCACAUCCGUUGACUGGUGGUCCUUUGGCGUCCUUCUGUACGAGAUGUUGAUCGGCCAGUCUCCCUUCCAUGGCCAGAACGAAGAGGAGCUCUUCCAGUCGAUCCGCAUGGACAGCCCGUUCUACCCUCGCUGGCUUGACAAGGACGCCAGGGACCUCUUAGUAAAGCUUUUUGUAAGAGAACCAGAGAGGAGGCUGGGGGCCAAAGGGAGUAUCCGCCAGCAUGCCUUCUUCCAAGAAAUCAACUGGGAACCACUGGAAGAAAGAGCCGUAGAGCCACCUUUCAGACCGAGAGUGAAAUCACCAGGUGACUGCAGCAACUUCGACAAGGAAUUUCUGAAUGAGAAACCCCGGCUGUCACUCGGAGACAGAACCCUCAUCAACAGCAUGGACCAAAACAUGUUCAGCGAUUUCUCUUUUACCAGCCCCAUCAUGGACAAGCUGCUAUCCUGAGGAACACCGGAAGAUCUCGAAGGCCCAGAAACGGCUAUGAAAAACACACCUGAAGUCUCUGAGUCAGUUGAAGUCAUGCUCCUCUUCCACUGGUGGCAAUGUCUUGGAUCCAAAGGUGUCCUUCUGCUAGUGGAAAGCUUCUUCCGCUCACAAAAGGGCUGCUUCCAACCUACUAGAAGAGCGCUACGUGGGAAUAGUGACACACACACACAAGCACACAAAUCCGGAGAAGAUCUUCUUUUCGUACAAACUUUUGUGCAAGACUCUACACAAACUAAGGGCCACUGUCUUGGGUCAGCAUCGUCGGGCACUUGCUGGGGCCCCACACUCCAGUAAGGGGCAGGGGUGGCCCUCGACUAACUGCCAGCAAAAGUCUCACCAUCCCCAGGCAGCAUGGCUGUGGAUGAUAGGAGUUGGGGAAAGUAGGCAUCACCCUUCCUGCUGCUUUCACCUGUUGUAGGCUACAA